AUGACAAUCGAAACCCACAACCUCGGCCUCAAUCUUCUGAGAUUGGCCCCUUUGGUUCUUUCUACUGCCUCUUUGAUGUGCGGCGUCGAUCAAGCGAACGCACUCCGGCCUUUCUCGAAGCCUCCUCUCGCCAAAACCGGUGGAUCUGUUCUCCCACACUGGUUCUCGGGGUUCUUUGACACUACCAUCUACGCCGUGGGUCUCUCGUACCCUCUUGCCCUUUCCACGGCUCUUCUUAAUGCGGGGAAGUACGUCGGAGAUCUUGAUGACACCACAAAGUAUCUCUAUUGGGCUGGGGCGGCUUUCUCGGCCGGCCACUUCCUCUAUGGACCGGUUGCGAUGAAGAUUAUCGCACGAAUGUGCGACAAAGAGAAUCCAGGGGUUAAGAACACUCAAACAACCCAUGAGUGGCUCCAUAUGAACUUCAUCCGCAUGAUGACUGUUGAUGGACCAGCUUGGAUCAUGUACUUCGCCGCUGUCCUGUCGGCGGCUUCCUUUCCUUGA